AUGAGCCUGACUAAAUGGAAGAAGCCCUUCGAGGGAACAUGGGUUGAGCCAGAGCGACCAAUAGUAGAGCCAAUGACCCCCGAACGACCAAGCGUGGAGCCACUGACCCCUCCGAGGACGAUUUCGAAGAAGAAACCCAGAGCAGAUUCUCUCACGCCUGGUGGAGGGAACAGAAAUGAUGAUAGUGAGGGUGCGCGCGGUCGGGAGAACGUGAGGACCAAGAACAACAGAGCUCGACAUCUCCAGGCAAUAGCCCAACAAGCACUAGAACCUCACGACGACGUCCUUGCUGCAGCGGCACUCCAUUUCGCUGAAAUGCAGGCGGCGCAAGACCGUACGCAAAUCGCCGUGGUGGAGUUUGAUAACUUGGAGCGCCUCAGGGGUGAAGUCAUCUGCUGCUGCGAGUUUCUGGAGGAACCACAACGCAUCAAACUUCAUCUGACCAACGGGACCCGGCUCGUGAUCAGUGCAAAGUCGAAGAGAGCGGAUAUCGGAGUCCCUUGGCAAGCGAUAUACGACACAGAGCCUGCAUUGAAGGUGUUCCCCACGCUAGCAGAUGCGUUGAAGGGAAUUGGUGGCCAUGCUCAGGAACACCACGACACUUCGUUCAAUGGUGGGAAACGCAUCCUGGGAUUCAAGACAACCAUGCAGGCCUCAGGAGCUAUUCAAGUCAGAACGCUGAGUAUCCGGCUAGAGAGUAUGUUCAGGUUGAGUCCGGUUCGAUCCGAGGCGGAAGACGAAGACUUGUAUGAUGUGGUGCUGAGGGAGGACGUGGAGGAUGAGGACUCUUGA